AUGCAUGAACCAAAACCCCUUCCCAACCCUAUAUAUACCCUACCCCCAAUUCCCAUCUUCCUCAGUCUCCCCAAAGCGACACCCAGAGCUCAAGAAAAGUCCGCGAAAUCAAUUUCAAAAAUGCCUUCGCAAUCUUUAACUCAGUUGUCCAAAUGCACAAUUUUCCCCGAUCAAAUUUCCACCAUGGAUGACCUCAAACUCUCAGUUUCAGACCUCCCUAUGCUCUCAUGCCAUUACAUUCAGAAAGGGUGUUUAUUUACACGCCCAUCAUUUCCCUUCAUUGAACUUGUUUCAGUCCUCAAGCGCAGCCUCUCGCAGACGCUAACUCACUUUCCGCCGCUCGCCGGCCGACUCACCACAGACGAAAAGGGAUACGUUUACAUCACCUGCAACGAUGCCGGCAUUGAAUUCAUUCAAGCCAGCGCGUCACAUAUUUAUAUCAGGGACAUUCUUAAGCCCACUGAUGUCCCAGAAGUAGUGAAAACACUCUUUGCUUUUGAUCAGACAGUUAGCUAUGAAGGACAUUUUAUGCCCAUUCUUGCCGUUCAGACGACUGAAUUGGCUGACGGAGUCUUCAUUGGCUGCACCGUAAAUCAUGCCGUUAUGGAUGGGACGUCGUUUUGGCAUUUCUUUAAUAGUUUUGCUGAAGUAAGUAGGGGCAUGAAGAGAAUUUUCAGGGCGCCGGACUUUCGCCGGGAAUCAAUUCUGAUUUCUCAGGCUGUGCUGAAAAUCCCCGUCGGCGGACCAAAGGUCACUUUCUCCCUCGAUGCUCCGUUGAGAGAGAGAAUUUUCAGUUUCAGUAGAGAAUCAAUUCUGAAGCUGAAAGCCAAAACCAAUAAUCAGAUAUGGGAACUUGACGGCGAGAUCGACGUCAUUGAAUUAAUAGGGAAGCUGAGCAACGAAACAUUCAAACUCCCCAACGAAAAUCUAACCCCGUUAACUUGGCUAAAAAGUGUUGUCUCAAAAGAGAGAAGAAAUGCAAAUCCAACGCCUGAGAUUUCAUCGUUUCAAUCAUUAUGUGCUUUAUUAUGGCGUGGAAUUACACGAGCAAGAAAAUUACCACCUUCUAAAACUACGACGUUCCGCAUGGCUGUGAAUUGCCGCCACCGUCUUGAGCCGAAGCUGGACCCGUUAUACUUCGGAAACGCUAUACAGAGCAUUCCGACUCUCGCAUCAGCCGGCGACGUGUUGUCAAAGAAUUUGCGCUGGUGCGCCAAGCAAUUAAAUAAGAACGUGUUGGCGCACGAUAAGGAUACAGUGAGGAAGUAUGUAGAGGAUUGGGAGCGAGACCCACGGUGUUUCCCUUUGGGCAAUUUCGAUGGAGGGAUGAUCACAAUGGGAAGUUCUCCUAGAUUUCCAAUGUACGAGAAUGAUUUCGGGUGGGGUAGACCCGUAGCUGUUCGAAGCGGGAAAGCUAAUAAAUUUGACGGGAAGAUUUCAGCAUUCCCUGGUCGUGAAGGUGGUGGGAACGUGGAUUUAGAAGUGAUUUUGGCAUCGGAGACUAUGGCAGGUCUAGAGUCUGACCCGGAGUUCAUGCAAUAUGUCACGGGUUAUUAA